AUGCGCAGCAACUGCGAAGGCCCGUACUCUGGCACUGCGGUCGUCAAAGUACUGGCGAGAGCGCCUUCUCCCAGAAUGUUCGUGCCCGCGAGUGGUGCUUGUCAAACCUUACAGACCGUUUUCCCACCCAUGCUAGAUUGUUUAGUCGGAAGGAUCCCUGCUCUAGACCUCGCCCCUUCAGACAUCGACGGCUUCGUGGUUGACUCACAGCGCACAUCAUCAUCCUCUAGAGGCUGUAUACCUGUAGCGGGCGAUCCGGAUCCUUGUAUCGCUUUCCAUUUUUUAUAUUCCCGCUAUGUGUUAUCGAUGAGGAGCUCGACCGCGGUACGAGCUGGGGCGGCAAGCUCUACCAGGCCAGGAAUUAAAUCGGCCGACGGCGCUGUCCUGAUCCGCGUUGCGCGUCUGCUCAUCGCGUCCUCAAAUCUGAGAAAGGCAACUCCCGACGUCUUCUUCCUCUACCCAUCAUCCUCUCCCUCAGCCAACAUGCCAUCCAACAGGCAUGUACUUCCGGAUGCUCUCAGUGCCGAGCUCGAGGCGGCAUGGCAGCGCGACAAACGCGUCCCGACGCUCGAGUCGCGACGUGCGUGGGCAGAGGUCCGGAACAUCGACCCUGAGGCCGUGCGCCUCUGGUUUUUCAGGCGGCGAUGGAAGGCCAUAAAGAGGGAAGGCGAGAAGAUUGGCAAGGAGACGUACGACCUCCCCGCUGAUGCGACCCGCAAGCACCAGCGCACGGUGGCCCCAGAGCCGUCGGCGUCGACCAAGAGCGUGCGCGUAAAACGCGAACGCGCGCCGUCGCCCACCAUUGGGCCGCCUGUGCGCCCUGCCAAGAAGAUCAAGGCGGAACCCGCUGAGCCGAGUCCGGACGCACCGCGAUUGACGCGUCAUACGCGUGCACACGACGCGCGGCCACACCCCGACUGUCUCGUCUGCUUCCCCCCGAAGGCGGCAUCUACUCGCAAAGAUAAAUCGUUGAAAUCCCCUGGCAAGUCUCAAGUCAUCAGGCACACUCGUGCGCACGACUCUGCUCCGGUUCCAGGCUGUAUCGGCUGUUUUCCGCGAGGCAGAUCCGCAUACACCCAGCCGACGCCGCCUAUCGCCACCGUUGUGCGCAGAGCUACCAGAGCUGCUCGCUGUAUGCGCCCGUCUACGCCGCCCUUGGAACACUGUUUUCCUUCCUCUGACGUGGAAGAAGAACCCUUAACCCCCUUGUCCUCAGGAGGCGAAGGCCUGCCGCUCACCAACACUAAACCUAAGCUAGAUCUCGAUGCUUGUACGUUCUCAAGCUCUCUCGAGCUUAUGCAGAAGUUUGCCUCCGACUGUACCUCCUUGGGCCCUCGGACCACCACACAAGGCGCAUAUACUCCACCUCCGUUUUCUUCUGCCAGUUUGGCCUCUGGACCGUCCUCUAAAAAUAUCUCGCAUGCUGCCCGCUUCGUAGAGCAUCCCACUGGCCUUUCUGACCCGGUUGUCAUCUCAAACGUCCCUUGCACUUCAUCUAGCUCUGCUCCUUCCGGCCCGGUCACCGCUGUGUCUGCUCGCCCUAUCCGGUCGUCGAGUCCUGUCCUUCCUCCGCGCUUCAAACGCAAACUUGUCAAAACGGAGCCUGUAGACAUUCCUCCCCUUUUUUCUUCCAAGCGUGCCCCCGUCCCCGGUGAGGACUGCGCUGCUCCGGCGGUGGUGAACGGAACCUUCCCCGAACCGCCUGCGGUUAUUGAAUCGGCGGUCUCCGGCAGCAAUCUGCACCUUGCGCCUCCUACUCGCUGCGCUAAGGUUGUUUUUACGCUGGAACCACAGCCCGCUGGCGAACUUCAGAACACCGCUUCAAACCCUGGGCCCGUGCAUACUGGGACUGUGUCUAGUGAUUCGGCUUCCGCUCUUACCUCUGGAUUUGCAUCUACUGUCUCUCUCAUGCGCUCUGAUACGCCUCCAGCGUCGUUCAAGUCUACUGAUUGCAGUGAUGUCCACCUUGACGUUGGUCGGACCACGCCUGUGAAAACCCCCAUUGAGAAUGGUUCAGAAGGCACCCAUUCUGCAGACGCAGAUAUUGCUCGGAAGCCCGACGAGAAUUCAGAAAAUGACCAUGCACCCCUGCCUGAUGUCGACGUUGAGCAUGCAGACUGCCAAGAGCUUCUGGUGCGCGGUCCACUAGUGAACGAUAUCCUCUUCAAUAGUGCUGUGCACAAUACUCAUCGUGCUAACUGUAACGACAAAACCGUUUCCGCGCCAUUGAAUGAAGAAAACCGUAGGCCAACAAACGACGAAGCCACGGCUCCACAAUGCCAUCAACGUCAUUCGCACGAUUUUCCAAACGAAAGCAGGGUACGAGCACGUCUGUCUCUCCCAACUGUCGUAGCGUCGUCGGUCUCUUCGCGGUGCGUUCUCACCGAGGCCGACUGUUUGCAGAGUACGCCCUCCCUGCCGACGCUGGCUCGACUCUUCCCGCUCCGUCCUGUUUCGUGGACCGGUCCAGCAAAACGCGCUGACGCUGCUGGUGGUGUCAGCUUAUCGAGACCCUCCGCGCGCCAUCCCCAACCACCUCCUGCCAUCGCCUCGAGCAACUCUUCGCGGCAUCAAGACGUCCGGCGGAGAACCGUCUCCGUUCCUGCUGUCACAACAGCUGACUCUCCCAAUGCUAGACCGCAGGAGCUCCCGCCGCCGCAUCGUCCGACUGGUGCCCCGGCUUCGCGCCCUAACUCACCGGAGCCGCGGCGUCCGCCCAGGCCAAUUCGCCCUGGGUCGGACACCACGUGUGCGGGCGGCAGUGGCAGUAAACAGGCCGUACACGGCGAGAAGAUGCAGGACGAUACCGUUGAAAACCCGGCUCAGCCUAUUAUCGAAGAGAAGGAGAAGCUUGCCGCCGCGCCAGAUACCGUUGUCAGUGCACCAGUGGAGGAGAAGACUGGAAACGUUGUGGUGCCCCCGGCGCCUGUGCUUGCACCGUUAUCUGCCGCAGCAGUUGGCCAAACUUUGCGUGUGACAUAUAGCUCUGAGGAUGGUGAGAGUUUGGUAUCGUCUGUGGCUCGAUAUGCUGAUGUCCCAAGUUCAGAGCCUCUGAGAGGGAUCGCAGUCAGGCGGAAGGGCAAGGCAGCCCCCGAUCGUUCAAGCUCUCAGCGCGAACGGAAAGCGGCUCAUGGUAUGCUGCCCAAUUUGUCGCCUAGCAAUCCAAGUUCGACAUUGUCAUGGUCGGCAGAUGCGCCUGGCGAGACAGCUGCCGAUACUGAGGUCGCAGCUCCGAAAGCCAAGCCGGCCGUGCGCAAGAAGAGAGGCAAGGUCGCAGUCGACAAGAAGGCGGCUGGUGACAAGAACAAACACGAUACCGACGCUGCUCCGGGAGAUGGUGGUUCUGCCGACGUUCAUGUCGGUCGCAAACCGAAGCCGAAACGGCCCCGGAAGCCUCGCAAGAAGGCACAGCCCCCAGCAAGCCCGCAUGCCCCUGCCCUCUGUGUGCCCGAUGCGGAGUGGCAGGCACUCUGGGCUGGGCCGUCGUCGCUGUUUCCCGGUCCUGUGCCCUCUCUUCUCGGCGACGAACGUCCUGCAGAUGCGUCUCGUGGGCGAGAUGCUUCUGGCGCGAGCACCUCUGGCCCCGUGCUGAUGCACCCGCCGCGCCAAUAUGCGUAUGACCCUGGAUCGUUGAUUGCGUAUCAGGGGUGCCAGUGGGACGCCAACGGCUUUGCGGGUAUGGAGCUUAGCGCGCUGCCUUGGCUGGCCUCGACGAGGGGCAAUAAUAACAGUGAGUGCGCAGAUGGUCUGUUGGCAGCUGCGAUUAAUGAGAGCUAUGCAGUCGCCGCGAAGAUCGAAGCCGACAUCGACCUCGGCAUGGAGACACCGUCGAGCGACGAUAGUUUCUUGAACUUUGGCCUCCCUGCGGAUGAUCCUGCCUGGGGCUCGUAUUUGCAGCUCCUUCCGCAGCAGCCUACGAAGCUGUGGGUGCCCUUUGAGGACGGCGUGAGCGGCGUCGCUAGGGAUACGUCGCCGGGCCGCGAAUGCUGA